AUGCCGCUGCUAAACAGACAUGGUGUGCACCUAUAUUACGAGGUCCACGGCUCCGGCCGCCCCCUACUCCUAACCCACGGCUUCUCCUCGACCUCCGAGAUGUGGCACGCCCAAAUCCCCACCCUCUCCGCAGCCUUCAAGCUCAUCCUCUGGGACAUGCGCGGCCACGGCCGCAGCGACUCCCCCUCGGACCCAUCCGCGUACAGCGAAGCCCACACGGUCGAAGACAUCGGCGCCCUCCUCGACGUCGUCUGCGGGACGACAGGAACCAAAGCCGUCGUCGGCGGACUGAGUCUCGGCGGGUAUAUGAGUCUGGCGUUUUAUCGCAUGUAUCCCGAGCGGUGUACGGCGCUGUUGAUCAUCGAUACGGGACCGGGGUUUAAGAAGGAUGCUGCGAGGGAGGGGUGGAAUUCGCAUGCGCUCGAACAGGCUGAGGCGUUUGAGAAGGACGGUCUCGCGGUCUUGAGCAGAGAGAGCCCCGAGCGCGCGCAGGUCUCCCAUCGGAACGCGAAGGGUCUCGCGCUCGCGGCUAGGGGGAUGUUGACUCAGCGGGAUUCGAGGAUUAUUGAUUCUCUCUCGAGUAUUAGAGUUCCGAGUUUGGUGGUUGUGGGCGCGGAUGAUGCGCCUUUCCUGGCGGCGAGCGAGUAUAUGGCGAAGAAGAUCCCUCAUUCGAGGAAGGUUGUUGUGCCUGAGGCGGGACACGCGGUAAAUAUUGAUAAUCCGGGGGGUUUCGAGGAGGCUGUGAGGCCGUUUUUGGAGGGGUUUGGGGGGUUGAGGGCUUCGUUGUGA